UAAUCAUUCUAACCUUACAAAUUGAAUAGAAGCAAACUAAUCUGUUUAUAUUUUCGAAGUGUUAGAAAUCUAUCAAUUAUUUUACAAAAUGAGUUUUUGUGGCUACCAGAGUGAAAUACGAGAAGGCGACACUGUUAUUUUGUAUUUGACCAUAAAUCAAUAUUACAGCAUAGAGGCUAAAAAUACUACUUUGAGUAAGAAAGGGGCACCAAUUCAAAAUGUUAUUCAGACUCCAUACGGAUCUUUGGCAUGUGGCGAUUUAAUUGGAAAAAAAUACGGAACUAAAAUCCAACUUAAAAAGGGUUGGGCUUAUGUUCUCCAGCCAACUCCUGAGUUUUGGACAGAAAUUCUACCCCACCGAACCCAAAUUAUUUACACUCCCGAUAUAAGUAUGAUUCUUCUGUUUUUAGACUUAAAACCCUCUAGUAUUGUGAUAGAAAGUGGUACUGGAAGUGGUUCACUUUCACAUGCUAUUAUAAGGAAGAUAAAACCAAGUGGGCAUUUAUAUACCUUUGAUUUCCAUGAAACUAGAGUUGAAAUUGUGAGAAAAGAAUUUGCAGACCAUGGGCUCAGUGAUUUUGUUACAGUUCAAACUAGAGAUGUCUGUACAACUGGCUUUGGUGAAGAAUUACAUGGAAAAGUCGAUGCAAUAUUUUUAGAUCUACCGCAACCAUGGUCAGCAGCAAACUUCACCCCUAAAAUGUUUAAGGGAAGAGGGGGACGAUUAUGUUCAUUUUCUCCCUGCAUCGAACAGGUACAAAAAAUGUGUGGUGUUUUAUCGAACUUAGGAUAUCAAGAAAUUCAAACAAUGGAAGUUCUUCAAUCUUACUUUGCAGUCCAGAAGAGGAAGAUGCAUGUGCUGAAUUUAAAUAUGCUGAAAACUCCUAACUCUAAUGAAAAAGAAAAUGAGAAAACAGAGAAAGAAUAUGCAAAUUUUAUCACAUCCAUAUCGCCAAACUCAUUACCGGGACAUACUGGCUAUUUGACCUUUGCUACAUUCCCACCAACUCAUUCUAUCUAUUGUAAUAAUGUUAUUAUUAAAAGUGAAUUAAACUAAUACUAGUAUUUUUACCCAACUAUUCAUAUCC